GAUCUGUCAACGGGGGCACGCCGGAGUGCUGAAUGGUAACAGCGUUGAGCGGCUCGAGGCUGUGGACAAGACGCAAGCUAGUGCCAUCUUUCUUGACGACGCAGAACCAACGGGAACGGUACGAAGAAUUCGACGGCUCGUACACUCCCGCGGCCAUCUUCUUGCGAAUCAGCUCGCAGACUUGGUCAUAGAUACCGGGCGGAAUUGGUUUGAAGAAGUCGGAUCGAAAUUUUCCUCGUUCAAGCGACGCUCCUCUGGCCAUAGAAAUCCCUCGGGAUGAAGGGAGUCAAUGAUGUCGCGUCGUUCAGUGGUGUAACGACCAAUGGGAAGGAACGGGGG